AAAAGAUGGUGCGGGAUUUUUGAUGUUCUUGCGAUUGCGAGCAAAACGAGCUUCAAUAACUUGUUGAGUCUCUUUCAAUUGAUUAAACGGUUGGAGACAAAGGAUGAGGACAAAGUCUUACUGUAAAAAUGUGCCUUUGGUGCGGGAUACCUUGCCAUGGCGCCCAAGAUCUUGUGCGCUGGCAGCCAGGAGAAAGUCUUCAUCACAUUCGUCAACUUCUCACAGCCGGUGGACGUCAUGUUUGCCGUCAUGGAGAAUGAGGAGACAUCCCUGGUUGUCACUCCGCUGAAGGUCUUCAAAACGCCCUGCGGAUGUGUGGAGAUCGAUCUCCCAGUCAUUGACAAGCCCAGGAUGGUCGUCUCACUCAUCAUGUACGCCAAGCGGACCAUGAUGCAGUGCGAGGAGUUUGAGAUCGUGGACAGCAUCAAGGUCUACCUGGACGCCUGCAACUCGGAGACCUUCAUCGAGACAGACAAGCCUAUGUACAAACCGGGACAAAAGGUACAAUUCCGAGUCCUGACGUUGCUGUCUGACCUGAGGCCUGACCUGACUGAGGUGUCCAAGAUUUGGAUCGAGGCUCCUGCGGGUAUCCACAUGGCUCAGUGGCUAUCGGUCAAGACUGUGGACGGUCUGAUUGACCUAUCCAUGCCGAUGUCUACGGAUCCACCAAUGGGGGAAUGGAAGAUCAAAGUCCGCCAUCACGACCGAGAAUUCACGCAGACCUUCACGGUCGGAGAAUAUGUACUACCCAAGUUUGAAGUCAUGAUCAAGGGACCAGACUAUGUGCUUGCCCCUGGUGGAGAGGAAGACAUCAUGGUUUGUGGCAAAUACACUCAUGGCCAGCCUGUGCGUGGCUCCAUCAAAUUGCAUGUCUCUGUGUCGUCCAAUCAGAAUGCAAAACUUGAACAGUCUGCGGACACUGAUAUGUAUGGCUGUCACAUCUUUGAGGUCAACUUGAGAGAUAUUCCUUGGGACAUAGUUGGCUACAUCAACCCCAGCUAUACCAAACUGGUCAUCAAAGCCGAAUUUGAAGAAGCUGCAACACGUACUGUGAUUGAGAAAACUGUUGACGAUAUCAUGAUUACAGAGAUUCCACUUGAACUGAAGUUCUCCGUUCCGUCGACCUUCAAACCUGGUCUUCCAUUCUCAGGAAUGCUUCUGUUUAAUGAUCCAGUUGGUAAUCCGUUGGCCGGAGAAACCAGCCUGAUUGUGGCCACGGCAGGCAAGCCCGAGGAUCUGCUGAAUGAGAUUGUCAUUAGUAACGACAGAGGAAUAGCUUUCUUCACCAUCGAGGAUGUGCCACUUGAUGUCGAAUACAUCUCUCUCACGGCUGUGUCAGACGGCUUGACCCCCGAUAAGAAAUCCAGGGCCAACAGUCAUGUCAAGCCCCAGUACUCCCCCUCCAAGAGCUUCCUCCACAUUGACCCGGUCAACGAGAGGGCAGAGGUCAAUUCCUACCAGACACUGACCAUCCACAUGACCAGCCAGGAGCCUGAAUACAACGGGGUCUACCUCCACACUGUGAUGAUGGCCCGAGGCAAUAUUCUCCUAGACGUGGAGUCCAUUAUUCCGCCUGAGGAGAUUGACGCUUUCCGCCGGCCUGGACAGUACGGGAUCUAUCCCGUUAACACAGACGAUAUGGGCAUGAAAGAAUACGUCUACAGCAUGCACAUGAUUGCCAGCGACGUUCCCAUCCACAUCCUGCAGAAGGACAAGGUGAAGACCACGCGCCGCCGCUUCAAGGUUUCCUACGACAUGUCGCCCUCCGUCACCGUCAUGGCGUAUUACGUCAGGAACAACGGGGAAGUCGUGGCUGAUACUGUGACCAUACCCGUCGAGGAGGUCUUCCAAAAUCAGGUUGACAUCAACUUUGCCGAGUAUGUGAAGCAGCCGGGCGAGAACACCACCCUCAACAUCCUGGCCAAGCCCUCUUCUCUCUGCGCCUACGGGGUCGUGGACAAGAGUGUGCAUCUGCUAGGAGGGGACAACCGGAUCACAAAAGAAAAGGUUUUCAAGGCCCUUGAGGACCUGCAGUUGUCGGCCGAGGGGGGUUUCGCCGAGACUCACAGCAAGAGGUGCAGCGGUGGAGGUGGCUACGGCCGGGCCAUGCCGAUGUUCGGAGGCGGUGGAGGCUUUCCCGGUCCAAGUCCUAGCCUCAUGGAUGCCUCACAGUCAUUCAAGGAUCUUGGUGUGGUUUACCUUACCAAUCUUCAAGUGGAAACAGCACCUUGCCCAGAAGUAGUUCCCGUCUUUUAUCGUGGACCGAUGCUGGAGGAUGGGAUGCCGGUUCCCGUGGCAAUGCCAAUGUUAGCGAUGGCUGAGGGAUCACCCAUGAUUGCAGAGGCUGCAAUGGCAGUUACUGCCGUGGAGGGGGGCGGGGCACCAGACGUCCGUUCCUACUUCCCAGAGACUUGGUUGUACAACAUUAAACGAGUCAACUCGGACGGUGAGGCCCAAAUAUCCAUCCAACUCCCCCACACCAUCACUGAGUGGGUCGGCCACGGUUUCUGCACCUCGACGCGAUUCGGCGCCGGGGUCUCGGACCUGACCAGGCUCACGGCAUUCCAGCCGUUCUUCGUGGACAUGACGCUGCCGUACUCUGUCAUCCGCAACGAGUACGUGCCCGUGACGGUGUUGGUCUUCAACUAUGUCGCCAAAUGCUUAGUGGUGGAGCUGACUCUACAACCGUCCAGCCAUUUUGAAAUUGAUGAGCAGAAUCGCAAGGCCCACAUCUGUGUCUGUGGCGGCCAGUCUGGGCCAUCCUCUUUCUACAUCAAAGCUGUCACCAUAGGCACCGUUCCAAUUGAAGUCCGUGCGGUAUCGGUGGUUGAUAGCGACGACUGGUGCCAAGGACAGGAGAUGGACACCAGUGAAGACGGGUUCUCUGACGCCAUCCGAAAACCCCUGCUGGUCAAGCCGGAAGGGGUUGAGACUGAACAGGUUUUCAGUGCCUACUUCUGUCCAGAUGAUUAUGAGGGAGGCAGAUAUGAAGAAGUUAUUUCCCUCCAAGAUCUACCAGACAACUACGUGAGUGGCUCAGAGAGGGGUAUAGUAACAGUCACAGGAGACAUGCUGGGGCCUACUAUCGAUAACUUGGACCAUCUCCUGCGAAUCCCGACCGGUUGUGGCGAACAGAACAUGAUAGGUUUUGUGCCCAAUAUCUUCGUCUUACACUAUCUCAAAGGCAUCAACAAGCUACCCAAAGACGUCGAAGCAAAAGCCAAGGAGAACAUGGAGAUCGGCUACCAGCGUGAGCUGAACUAUCAACACUCCGACGGGUCCUACUCGGCCUUCGGCGACAGGGACCCCUCAGGCAGCACCUGGCUGACAGCGUUUGUUGUGCGCUCUUUCUUGCAGGCCAAGCAUUACAUCUACGUGGAUCAGCGCGAUUUGGAUAAGAGCAUGGGUUGGCUACGGCGACAGCAGAGGGCGGACGGGUGCUUUGAGUCGCACGGCCAAGUCAUUCACAAAGAUAUGAUGGGGAGUGUGAAUGACGAGGUAACACUGACCGCAUAUGUAGUGAUCUCCCUUAUAGAGGCAGAAGUGGCUUACAAUGACGCACAGAUUAAAAAAGCUAUUGGCUGCCUGGAGUCAAAGAUUGACAUCAAUUCUGCCGACAUGUACACGUUAGCCAUAGCCAGUUAUGCGUUCAUUCUGUCCGGCCAUCCUCAUAAAGACGACAUUCUGGCUAGGCUAGCUAUGCUGGCUGUGGAUUCAGAUGACGGGGUGAGACACUGGGAAGGUCGUCCCGAGCCGGUGCCAGAGGGCGAACGUCCCCCAUACCUCCAUCAUCAAGCCUCCUCCCAACACAUCGAGAUUACGUCCUACGUCUUACUCACUUACAUCAGGGCCUAUGCCAAGACACAGGCUUUGGUGUAUGGUAACCCCGUAGCGCGGUGGAUUGUCGGGCAGCGCAACGCCAAUGGAGGAUUUGCAUCCACACAGGACACAGUAAUGGCUCUUCAAGCUCUUGCCGAGUAUGGCAUGAUGGCUUACGUAGGCAGCCAUCAAAACGUCAAACUGCAAAUCAAGUUCUCCUGCGAGCCACACACUCACUGGAAGUACGUCCGUGAUCACAAUCGUCUCUUGCUGCAGACGUUGCCGGUACCUCAGGUGCCUGUCCAGAUUAAGAUGAACGCCACGGGUCCUGGAUGUGCCAUGACGCAGGUGAUAGUUACCUACAAUGUGUAUCCGGAAGAACCCAAAGUACCGCCGUUUGCGAUUAGAUUCGAGUACUCGGAGAGCAGAGACAACAAUCCGGCUCCGUGUUCCACCUUCAGUGUUAAUGUGUGUGCACGGUACAACGGCGAGGACGAGUUUUCCAACAUGGCCGUCCUGCAGGUGCGCAUGGUGUCGGGCUUUGAGGCGGACGCUAACGCCAUCCGUAUGCUGAGGUCGCUGCCUCCGCCAAACCUUAAGAGGGUCGAGGAAGAGGGAAAAGAUGUCUUCUUCUACUUUGAUCAGCUUGGUCAUGAGGAAACCUGUGUGGACUUUCUCGCCAGACGAGACAUCUUUGUGAAGGCUCCUCGUGAUGGAGUCAUCACCGUCUUUGACUAUUACGAGAAAGCUUUAUCAUCAUCCCAGCUGUACAACUUUGAGUGCCACGGUGUUGCCUAGGCAACCUCCGACCAUCAGCACAAAACGUCGGAGCAAUAAUGCUCAACACACAUCUCAGUCCUAAAAUAACUGCUUUACAGCUUGGCAAUGUUUUAAGCAAAUCACUAAACCAGCAUCAAACAUAAUUGAAACAGCAAGUGUGUUGCCAUUGCUGGACGCUAAGCAGAAAUCUAUGGCUAAGCAUAUUACUCUUUAAAGGAGCUUAACCCAUGUAAAUUUCAUUGUCAAGGUAACAGGGUUUUAUUUUUACAAAUACAUAGGAACAAUAGCACUCCGCACUAUUCCUUGUGUCCAGAAUUAUGCAUACGCCAGGUUUAGAAAUGAUCAUGCAUGUCCGUGGGCCUGUGACGUGGUUACCGAAAAUAAAUUGCAGAUCCAUCCUUUUUUGUUGUAAACAUCCUUUAUGAACUUCUCGUGUGAAGAUUACACACACGCUUGCAGCACAGUUUCUAUGUGAAUAUGCGGCCAGGUGUGCAUGCAAGCGCGUGCAUGAUUGUUCGAAAGUUUAUCUGACAUCCGGGGAAUGACGCAGUGGCGUAGCAAGGUCAUUUUUAUUGG